AACUUGAACUACAAGUCUUUAUUGUUAUUCAAUGUAAUGUCUUUGUUUCUUAAUAACAUUAAUGUAUCUCAGUGUAGUUUUAUAUUGGAUUUUCUUUGCAGGAAUCUGAGAGCAUGGAACGAGCAGUGACUUUCAAUGGGACUUACACUGUUAAUGACAUACAUCCCUGCUAUGAAUUACAUAAUAGAACUUAUGUAUUUACAAGCAAUCCUUCCAUUAUAUGUGUAUUAUUGUAUGUUUUCCUUGGCUCAUUAUCUGUUGUCACAAUAUGUGGAAACCUUCUUGUAAUAAUCUCCAUCAUUUAUUUUAAACAGCUCCACAUCCCUACUAACUACCUCAUCCUGUCUCUGGCUGUGACUGACCUGCUUGUAGGAGUUUUAGUUUGUCCCUUUAGCAUGGCAUUCUCUGUAACCUCAUGUCGGUAUCAACCAGUUUUAUUUUGUAAAGUACGAGGUAGCAUUGACGUUACACUGAGCACAUCUUCUAUUUUGAACUUGUGUUGUAUUUCGAUUGACAGAUAUUAUGCAAUAUGUCAGCCUCUCACUUAUAGAAGUAAAAUAAAUGAUCGUGUCAUUGGGAUUAUGAUCCUGAUGAGCUGGGCAGUUGCUGCUGUAAUUGGAAUUGGCAUCAUGAUUGCAGAUUUUAAUCGAGGAAAUUGUGGACAAAGUUGUUUAAUUGAUGCUGUAAUAUCAACCCUUCUAGCAUGUGUUUUCUCCUUUUAUAUACCAGUCAUUAUAAUGCUUAGUAUCUACCUGAAGAUUUUUCUUGUUGCACAAAGACAGGCAAACAGCAUCCAGAACACAACCUGUCAGAGCACAAAGUCUGGAGCAACUGUCAGUAAGAUGGAGAGAAAGGCCACUAAAACUCUGGCUAUAGUUAUGGGAGUUUUUCUGUUAUGUUGGACUCCUUUCUUUUUUUGUUUGACAUUUCUUUUUUCUAUCAAUGCUAAAGUGUCACUCCCUGUCUUUGAAAUACUCAACUGGCUUUCAUUAUCAAAUUCAAUGCUCAAUCCAUUUAUUUAUGCUUUCUUUUACAGCUGGUUCAGGUCAGCAUUUAAAAUGAUAAUUUCCGGAAAGAUAUUUCAAGAAGAUUUUUCUAAUUCAAAACUCCUUUGAUUUCUUGUUUAGAACUUGUCAGUAAUUAUAUGUAAUAAUAAAGGUUGGCACUAUAAAUAUUCAUAUUUUUUACUAAGCUGUAAAAUGCAAUAAACACAUGACAUUAUAUGAUAUUAUUGCAGAACUUGGCAGUAUAUUGAAAUAGAGAGUACAUUUAAAAUAACUCCUCAGGCAGGCAUUUGAAUAGAUUUAGAAAGGUAUUUACAUGUAGUAUUUGAAGCAUUGCUGUGGGAAGACUGAUAGGAUUAUCAGUAGUAGAAAAUAGGAAUUUGGGUUUGUUGUUACUGAUGAUAUUUGAGAAUAAGGAUUUUCUGGCAAGUUUCACCUAUUCAGACUUUGUUGUAAUGUAUAGAUAUAUAUUUAUAGCUGUCAUGAUCAGACUUUGGUUAAUAUUCCCUCCGUUUUCAAUUCACUACUUUUAAAGAAUACAUGACCGACAAAUUUGAAAACCCAUUUAAGGUGAUGACAUGGCCAUGAUUUUGGCAGGAUAAUACCUUACGAGGUGUAUCCUCCACAACUAUAAUUGACUCCAAACCACUCCCUGCCUUUGCAGCACACAUUAUGAAAUAUAUUUUCAGUCUAAUACAUUACAUUACAUUUUAUCCUUUACAUAAUGAUUGUGAAUUCUACUGGGAUUGUAUUUAUAUGACCCUACCUCUGCACUGAAAAAAAAUAUUUUGUGGUGUAGUAAUAUUUAUUAGGUUAACUGUCACAAUUUUUAUUUUCUAAUUGUAAAUAUCAGUGAGAACUGGAAUUAUGCAAGUGAAACUAUAUAUGUCAUUCAUGUAAUAAAUAAACUGUGUGGGAA